AUUCAAUCACAACCUGGCUGACGGGUUUAGAAGAACGAGCGUGCCAAUGCUUCCCCAUGGAAUCUUACACAUGCAACCUAUCACUUGCAUGUGUCUGCAAUGCGACACUUCAAUGCUGCUUAUCUGAUUUCAAGUGAACCCCCUCAUUAUUUUCUUGCUUUUUAUUUUGUAUGUUUCUGUCAUACCGAGUACUUGAUGUACGACGAAGAGUAAGAAUCUGUCUUCGGAGCCUAUCCGAUACUGCAACAAGCCAUUUACGCUUACACCCACCUUCGCUGAACCUUUUCGGACCGUUCCGAUCGCCAAAAUGAGCAUAUCGGAGAAUACACCCGCCUUGGAUGAGAAGAAACCAGAGCUUGGAGGUUUAGACGAUGAUACUGUUGCCGCCGUCGACCGAGGUGUCCAAGUCAAUGCUGCUGGCUAUCGAGAUCAACUGAAACGCCAAUAUGGUCUUCUAGGAAUUGUCGGCAUUGCUCUUACAGUGGAUAAUGCCUGGGCAGCUCUAGGCUCGUCAAUAUCAGUUUCGAUUCUCAAUGGAGGGCCACCAGGCCUCAUUUUCGGUCUCAUCGUCGCAGUGUUUUGGUAUUCCUUCAUAGGCCUGAGCUUGGCUGAACUUGCUUCAUCGGUUCCCACCGCCGGUGGCGUUUACCAUUGGGCAACCAUCGCAGCUGGUCCGAACUGGGGACGAACUGUCGGCUUCUUUACCGGAUGGAUCAACUUCUACGGCUGGAUGUUUGAUUUGGCGGCUCUAGUCCAGAUCACGGCCAAUAUCCUUGUUCAGUUAUAUGCAACCUAUCACCAAGACACCUAUGUUCCGGAUGCAUGGCACGUUUACGUCACGUACGUUGGUGUCCUGUGGAUUUCGACGAUCUUUGUGAUAUUUGCCAACAAACUCGUUCCGUAUACACAGAAUUGUGGCAUGUUCUUCGUUGUUGUCGGCGGCAUAAUAACUAUCAUUGUGAUAUCGGCGAUGCAGCCGAAUGCCCACGCUUCCAAUCACUUUGUAUGGGGCUCAUUUGACGAAAAUAAUUUGACGGGAUGGCAAGGGGGUGUUGCGUUCAUCCUGGGCGUGCUAAACGGCGCUUUCACGAUUGGUACUCCUGAUGCCAUAACUCACAUAGCGGAGGAGUUACCAAACCCGAGGAGAGAUCUUCCGAAAGCUAUCGGGUUUCAACUAGGGCUGGGGUUCCUGUAUGCAUUCGUUUUUGCUAUCGCGCUAAGCUAUGCUAUUACAGACCUCUCAGCACUUCAAGGCGGCAUUAAUACGUACCCACUCGCCGUCAUCUACCAACAAGCAACAGGAAGUCCAGGCGCAACGUUCGGCCUCUUGUUUAUAUUGUUUAUUAGCAGUAUGUGCUGCUGCGUAGGAACCGUCUUGACCAACUCGCGCACUUAUUGGGCAUUGGCUAGGGAUAACGCCGUGCCAUUCUCUGGUGUUUUCGGUCGAGUUCAUGAGGGGCUAAGCUGUCCCAUUUAUGCGACUUUGUUCGUCUCGGUUAUUGCUACGGGUCUCGGGGCAAUCCCGCUUGGAAGCUCAUCCGCGUUCCUGGCUCUUACGGGAUCUUUCAUCGUUUUGACGACAGUAUCAUAUGCGAUUCCGUUCACCGCAAACAUGAUAACUGGUCGAAAGUAUUUUCCUCCAGGGCCUUUCCAUAUGGGGAAGUUUGGCUAUACCAUCAACCUCGUGGCGGUGUUGCUCAUAACAAUGUUCGACGUAUUCUUCUGCUUCCCAUAUGAGAUACCAACGACUGCUGAAGCUAUGAACUAUAACAGCGUAAUUCUUGUUGGCACUCUUACCAUUUCGGCAUUCUGGUGGGUUGUGCAUGCGACACGCCAUUAUCCAGGACCGAAGGUGAUGAAGCUAUACAUCCACGAUGAUUCAGCUCCAUUAAACAGCACUGGGAUCAUCGAGAAGGUGCCUACGUCUACCAAUAACGGAAAUAGCCCGACAGCAGCGCAAUAG